AUGGCUGGCCUGAGACUUCGGGGGCUGGCAUCCUCCAAACUUUAUCAACGCCGGCAGGAUCGGCUAAGUGGCACGGGUAAUAUGUCUGAUGCUCUCGCAAAUGCAGUAUGUGAACGCUGCCAGACUCGAUUUGAUCCUGCAGAGAGGAUUGUGAACAGCAAUGGGGAGCUCUAUCAUGAAAACUGCUUUGUCUGUGCUCAGUGUUUUCGUCAGUUCCCAGAUGGGCUUUUUUAUGAGUUUGAAGGUCGGAAGUACUGUGAGCAUGACUUUCAGAUGCUGUUUGCUCCUUGCUGCGGGGAAUGUGGUGAGUUCAUUAUUGGGCGCGUUAUCAAGGCAAUGAACAAUAACUGGCACCCAGAAUGUUUCCGCUGUGAGCUCUGUGAUGUAGCACUUGCUGACCUGGGUUUUGUGAAGAAUGCUGGCAGGCAUCUGUGCAGGCCAUGCCAUAACCGUGAAAAAGCUAAGGGACUGGGCAAGUACAUCUGUCAGAAGUGCCACUUGAUAAUUGAUGAGCAGCCUCUGAUGUUUAGGAAUGAUUCCUACCAUCCGGAUCACUUCAACUGCACCCACUGUGGGAAAGAGCUGACUGCUGAGGCCCGGGAACUGAAGGGAGAACUGUAUUGCCUGCCCUGUCAUGACAAGAUGGGAAUCCCCAUUUGUGGAGCCUGCCGCAGGCCCAUUGAGGGACGAGUGGUCAAUGCUCUGGGAAAGCAAUGGCAUGUUGAGCAUUUUGUUUGUGCCAAAUGUGAGAAACCAUUCUUGGGUCACCGACAUUAUGAGAAAAAAGGACUGGCUUAUUGUGAAACUCACUAUAACCAGCUCUUUGGAGAUGUCUGCUACAACUGCAGCCACGUGAUAGAGGGAGAUGUUGUAUCAGCUCUUAACAAGGCCUGGUGUGUGAACUGCUUUUCCUGCUCCACCUGCAACAUCAAGCUUACACUGAAGAAUAAGUUUGUGGAGUUUGACAUGAAGCCUGUAUGCAAGAAGUGCUAUGAGAAAUUCCCUCUGGAGCUGAAAAAACGCCUGAAGAAGUUGUCAGAGCUGGCAUCCAAGAAGGCACAUCCCAAAGCUCUGGAUUUAAACUCUGCUUAAACAGGUCUGUCAGUCUACUGACUGCACUCUUAGAGUUAUAAGCUGCUUGCAGCAGCUGUUGGUUACAGAGGCAAUUACUAAGAACAAGUGAAACCAAAGAUAAGUAUUACCUUCCCCUGCUUUUCAUAAUGCAGCUUGCAUCUUAACUAUCCCUUUGCUCAAGCAGUUGUCUAUUAACACUGGCAGAAAGAAGAAUAUUUCUGCUUGAGCAGUUUACAGGCUGGUUAUUAAUUUGCUAAUAACAACUUAAUCUGCCUUUGUGGAA